AUCCAAAAUGGAUGGUGCAUACUUUUCUUUGAUGAAAGUCAAUACCAGACGGCAUCGUUUGUUAUAAAGAGAUCACACCCUGCGCGAUCGAGUUGGGAAAAAGGAAACAGCAUCCAUGGCAGAUCAACCGAAGGAAGUGAAGCUCUAUGGGCAUGGCUUCAGUGGGUACUGCACGAUGGUCAACUCUGCCCUCAAGCUCAAGGGCGUGGCUUUCGAGUACGUCGAAGAGGACCUCCAGAACAAGAGCGAGGCGCUGCUUAGCCUCAACCCCGUCUACAAGAAGGUGCCGGUUCUCGUGGUGGAUGGUGAGCCGAUAGCUGAGUCACUGGUCAUCUUGCAGUACAUCGAUGAUGUGUGGAAGAACCCCCCCCUUCUCCCGGAGGAUCCUUAUCAGAGAGCCAAGGUCCGGUUUUGGGCAGAUUAUGUCUACCAGAAGUUGGUGCCACCCGUGUACCGUAUCAGAACGUCCGAGGGAGAUGCUCGGAAGAAGGCAGAAGAGGAGUUCAGAGCGAACAUGAUCACCUUGGAGGACGGCAUCCGAGAAGAGCUGUGGAGUGCUGGGGGAUCAUUUAUCAACGGUGAGAAGCCUGGGCUCCUCGAUGUGAUCAUGGGUUCCUGUCACACGGGCCUCAAGUACCUCGAAGAUGUGGCCGGCGUAAAACUGGUGGAGAAGGACAGGACGCCACUCUUGUGCUCGUGCAUGGAGGCCUUCGUCGAGCUUGACGUCGUCAAGGGACCAUGAUCCCAUUCGAUGGAAUCCAAUAAUGUGCGCGGGCUGUCCUCGAUAAGACUUCCGCGUCAUCUUGAGCUUGAUUUAUGUGUCAUUUGGUAUUCAUCAACAUAAAUAUAUGUAUAUGUUGUGUGACACUACAGCAUACACGUAGCAAAAUUUCAUUUUGGAGUCUAUUUCUAAUUAAUUCCCGGCAAGCUUUUUCUUAA